AUGCUCAAGAUCGAUGAGUUGAGCUGUCACGUGAAGGAGUGCGCUUGUCAUGAGUUGGGUUCGCCUGAUGAGCGAUGUGUUGCCAUGUCACAAGACUACCAUCGUCCACGACCUCACGGAUUGGCGGCCGCUGUUCUUGAUAAACAGGCCGGGAAAUUCAACGAGGCCGAGGCUCAACUCUUGCUCGAAUGGUGCGCCGGGUUGGCCGGUGAGGAGAUGGACACAAACGGACGAAAGGACAACUUCUUGGAGCGACUGAAAGACGGACAAGUUCUUUGCAAAGUGAUUAACGGAAUGAAACCGGGAACGAUCAAGAAAAUCAUGAAGCCGAUCUCGAACUUCAACUGUCUCGAAAAUAUCAAUCAGUUUUGCACGGCGGCUCGGAAGAUCGGAGUGAAAGACGAAGCGACUUUCCAAUCAGUGGACCUCUUUGAUGGUCGAGAUCUUUUCUCUGUUUGUGUCACCUUGCAAAGUCUGGGACGCAUUGCGGAAAAAACGUUGAACAUCCCUGGACCGAAGCAAAUCGCAAAGGAUUUGAUCUUGAACCGU